AUGAAGACGAAUAGAACAUGGUUGGUUUCCAAGGCAACGGUGAUCUCUAUCAGCAAUGCUUCAGACACGGUGAAGACUCUUUCUCUCAAGGUCGCUGAGAAGAAUGUCAGUUUUAAGGCGGGCCAAUGGGUGGAUCUGACCAUCCCCGGCGUGGAGGAGGUCGGCGGAUUCUCCAUCUGUUCGUCGCCGAUGAAGCUGCAGAUGUGUGGCAUCGUCGAUCUGGCCGUGCAGGCGAGCGACGCCUCACCCUCGACGUGGGUACACAGCAACGUACGUAGCUCCUCCGCUCACCGCGAC